AUGGAAAAAUAUUUAGAAAAAAUGGAAGAAAUAAAAGUGGGAAAUGGAACAGGAGCAGAAAUACACGAGUUUGUACUGGCAAUGAGUGAAUAUAUCUUGAAAAAUGGAACAAAAGAAGGAAAUAUGAGAUUGUGCGAGGUCUUAUUGAAAGAAAAAUGUAAAAAUACUCGUAAGUUGUACUAUAGAAUACUUGGAAGAACUCUAGUUGACUUAGAAGGUGUUGAAAUAGACAUGGAACGUGCUUUAGAUGACUUCUCCGACUCUGAUUUAAUGGAAAGUUCUCUUAGGUUCAUAAAAAUAGGCGGAAUCAAGUUCAAAAAUUUGGAAAACCAAAUUACGAAUCAAUUGGUGUUGGAUAGCACCUUCAUCAACGAUGAUCUGCUAUUUUAUAUGAAGAACAACAACGAGCUGAUCACCAGAAUAAUGGAGAAAACAGGACAUGAAUAUUUCUACAAGAAAUCAACAAUUGCCUUGAACUUGGAGUGUCCUGAAUUCAACUUGGAUUAUUUUGUGCCAUUUUUACAGAAUAGCGACAAGUUGGUUUGCAUGUUCGCAUACCAAGUCUGCCUGAAAUACGACCACAUCAUCACCAAAGCAAGAAUAACAAACCUGAAUCACUUCGCAUCUUUUGCAGCUCCAUUCAUCCACAUAAAGUUCAAUUGGCUCCACUUCAACAGCCUCAAAAAUGGCCUAAGAUGCUUUGAUGACACAUUUGAACUCUCACACGAUGCCUUUGACUCGCUAAAACUGCAACAAAUCAGCACAAACACACGCACCAGAAGUGACGACCUUGUUCUUUGCUCUGACUUUGACUUUCUGUUUGGAAAUGUGUCUCCUAAACAAAUAACAGAUUGUGAGGAGUACUAA